AUGGACAGCUUCUUCAAGGCUGCUGUAUGUGACCUGGAUAAGCUUCUGGAUGACUUUGAGCUCAAUACAGGUUAGACGCCAUUACUAUGAAAAAACCCAUUGAGUAGCAUGUAUUUCUUUUUCUUUUCUGUAUGUGGGUUGGAAGGGUGAGGUGUGGGGCGACCCAACCAACUUCACAUAGAACUGUGAGUUAUAGAUAUGUCAUUUCCAUUAAAAGCAAGUCUAAGAAGCUGUAGAUCAGUUCUAUGUGCACUAUUUCUAUGCUUCCCGUUCUUAAGUUUAGUUUUUGCUUCUUUUACUUUCGGUUUUGUACACUUGCUUCAAACAGCUGAAAAUAUAAUAUAUUUGGUUAUUGAAAAUAUAUUUCACAGCGGUUUAGAUGGUAUAAUGAUUCUCUACGCUAAACAUUGCUUGUUUUGUCACAUGAACUGAAAUUAGGCGAACUAUUCGAAUUUUAACAACCUGGAAAUGGCGGCGCAAUUUCUGCAUAUUGCACCGUUUUAAGUGAAAAAUGAAUAUAUUUUUAAAACUAGCUGAUACUUGCACAUUGUAUUUUGUAGUUGCUGACUUAACUUGUUGCUCACAUGUUCUGCUGAGAUAUAAACGACAGAAUUGAUUAACGGAUACUUCUCUCUUCCCCUCCCUACCAGAUGAGCACAACUACAGAUCAGUCUCUCUGUCGCCUCCCGUGUAUCCCGGCCACUCUCUGAGCCCCCAGGGUUUCCUUCCGGAACCCUCCACAGUUCCAGUUCCACACUCUCUUCCUGACCUAAACUCCCUGCACUAUGGCACUGCCCCCAGCUUCCCCGACCGUCCCAGCCCCAGUCCUGGGGAGCGCGAGGCCAAGGGACGGCCUCUCACAGGGGUUGACCUUCUCUCCUCCGUGGACGGCCGGGGGGCAGCUAAGAGCUGUGCGCCACCCUUCCCCAAUCGGGCGCUGAAGCCUGUGUGUGACCUGGUCAGUGACACGGGCUCAGCCCACCUCCUCCUCCGGGCCAACAGCCACGACGCCUUCAGUGAGCUGGAUGUGGCGGAGAGACGACUGGAGGAGGAGCUUCUGGUGGACUUCACCAGCCCCGUGGUGCCUCUGCCUGGGGAGACCUCAGCCGGCCUGGGUCCCGGCCAUGGGAGGACUGAGGGGAGGGAGGCUCUUGCCGGGGGAGGGGAGGGGCUGCUGGGGCUGGACUCUGGUGGUUACUCUGCCUCUCUCAGUCUGCUGGAUGUGAUUCUUCCUGCUGCUGUGGAGAGGGCCUGUGAGCCCGCAGAUGCCCCCUCACUGAGGAACUCUGAGUCUGGAGAGACAGAGAGAGACGGAGAGGGAGAGGAGGCAGAGGUGGCCUUCGUCAACCAACACCUGAAAAAAACAACAGGCCACCAGGACCAGGCUAGUGUCCUGCCUGUUGCCAUAGACACCAAGAAAGAGGACACUCCCAUGUGUGAUAUCGACACAGAGGCCAGGGAGGAGGGUGAGGGGUCUUUGGAGCCCUCUGAGCUGGCUGAAGCAGAGAGCUCUGGGAGAUGCACUGGACAGGAACCUAACCCUGAGGACGGCAGUGGUGGUGUGGCAGAGAGCCCUUCAGCAGAGACGGAGCUUUCGCUGUCCUGCCUGCCCAUGGGCGUGUCCAUGUCUGGGGCCCUGGUGGCCUCCAAAAACCCUGAGGAGGCCAUAAGAGGGGGGGCAGAGGAGGCUGGCCUAACUGAGACCUUAAAGACAGAGUCCCUGUCUGCUUUCGAGGUCCAGGAGGAAGUUACUCUCCCAGAGAACCCUGGGAUUGUGGAGGACUGUACCAGCCCUGAUGCUGCCCCUAAGAACCAACCUGUCCAGUCACCUAACACACAGAGCCCAGAGACAACCACCAUGCCUUUCCACCUGGCAGUCUCGGCUCCCGCCGUCUCCCAGCGGCCACUGGAGGUCAGCUUCUCCCCAGUGGAAAAACAGCCAGCCCCAGGGGCUUCACAGCGCCCAGCCUCCCCUCCCUCAGAGCCCAGCCCCAGUCCAGUGGACCCACCUGAGUUUGGGUUCGAGUACCUGCCGGAGAGCGACCAGGCCGGACUGCUGGUGACGGAUGAGGAGCUGGACGCCUUCCUCCGGGGAGAGACUCAGGGCCAGGAGGACCACAGGGUCCCUGACUGCGGGAGGCCCGGGGAGAACCUCCAGGACGAGGGCUUUUCCGAGCUCAACGGGAACCUGGAGGAGCGGCUGGUGGAGGAGGAGCUGUGGAGCUGCAGCCGGAGCCGAGGGGAGGGGCUGGAGAGGAUAGAGAGGUUGGCCUCGCCGGAGAGCGACAGGACCUUGUCUGCAGAGGGGAAUGCGAGUCCAGCCCUCUCCACUCCCUCCCAGGAACCCCCCAGCCCCUACCAGACAGACACCAGCCCCUGUAGUCCCAGGAACCUCCCACCACCCUACUACGGAGGGGCCCGACCCAAACAACUGCUCUGCCAAGCACCCAGAGUACCUCCAGCAGAAGGGGAGGACCAAGGGCCCAGUAGCCCCACAGACCGCACCGACACUGGGGAAGAGGUGGACCAGAGCCCAUCUCCUCCCAGCCCCAACCCUGCAGAGGACCCCAUUAACCAAGGUGUGCUCUGUCCAGGUUACUCCCCACCUGAGCGCUAUGAGAGCAGUGUGGGGUACGACGAGCUGUCGGAGCCCCCGCCCUAUUCUGGCGAGCCUGCUGGAGAGGGGAGCGGGUCCUCAGAGGGGAGGUUGGCAGAGGAUGAGGAUGGGCUGGGGUGCAAGCAGCCCCCCUGGGUACCGGAUUCAGAGGCACCCAACUGUAUGAACUGCUGGCAGAAGUUCACCUUCACCAGGAGGAGGCACCACUGCCGGGCCUGUGGGAAGGUACGUACCUAAAUUUGUCCAUGAAGGGACUUUCUUUACCCUCAUUUCUAGGGUCAUCUUUUGCCCUGUUCUUGAUAACAUAUUUGGUGUUUUGAAGAUAUUCAUUUUAUUGACAUUAGGUGUUAGUAGCUAAAUAUACUUUUACAUAGUAACACAUAAUAAAGAGGUCUUAACAUACACUGAACAAAAAUAUAAACGCAACAUGCAGUUCCACACUCUCUCCCUGACCUAAACUCCCUGUACUAUGGCACUGCCCCCAGCUGCCCCGACCGUCCCAGCCCCAGUCCUGGUCCCAUGUUUCAUAUAAAAAUAAAAGAUCCCAGAAAUGUUUUGUACACACAAAAAGCUUAUUUCUCUCAAAUGUUGUGCACAAAUGUGUUUACAUCCCUUUUAGUGAGCAUUUCUCCUUUGCAAGAUAAUCCAUCCACCUGACAGGCAUGGCAUAUCAAGAAGCUGAUUAAACAGCAUGAUCAUUACACAGGUGCACCUUGUGCUGGGGACAAUGAAAGGCCACUCUAAAAUGUGCAGUUUUGUCAGAAAACACAAUGCCACAGAUGUGUCAAGUUUUGAGUUGGGUUUACGGCAGGGGCAGGCAUAAGCUACGGACUUGAACACAAUUGCAUUUUAUCAAUGGCAAUUUCAAUGCACAGAGAUACCGUGACAAGAUCCUGAGGCCCAUUGUCGUACCAUUCUUCCGCCGCCAUCACCUCAUAUUUCAGCAUGAUAAUGCACAGCCCCAUGUCGCAAGGAUCUGUACACAAUUCCUGGAAGCUGAUAAUGUCCCACCAUGGCCUGCACCAGACAUGUCACACAUUGAGCAUGUUUGGGAUGCUCUGGAUCGACGUGUACGACAGUGUGUUCCGGUUCCCGCCAAUAUCCAGCAACUUCGCACCGCGAUUGAAGAUUAGUGGGACAACGCGUUUCCACUGCUCCGGAGUCCAAUGGCGGCGAGCUUUACACCACUCCAGCCGACGCUUGCCAUUGCGCAUGGUGAUCUUAGGCUUGUGUGCGGCUGCUCGGCCAUUGAAACCCAUUUCAUGAAGCUCCCGCGAACAGUUCUUGUGCUGACGUUGCUUCCAGAGGCAGUUUGGAUCUCGGUAGUGAGUGUUGCAACCAAGGACAGACCAUUUUUUAUGCACUUCAGCACUCUGCGGUCCUGUUCAGUGAGCUUGUGUGGCCUACCACUUCGUGGCUGAGCCGUUGUUGCUCCUAGACGUUUCCACUUCACAAAAACAGCACUUACAGUUGACCAGGGCAGAAAUUUGACGAACUGACUUGUUGGAAAGGUGGCAUCCUAUGACGGUGCCAUGUUGAAAGUCACUGAGCUCUUCAGUAAGGCCAUUCUACUGCCAAUGUUUGUCUAUGGAGAAUACAUGGCUGUGUGCUCGAUGUAAUAUACCUGUCAGCAACGGGUGUGGCUGAAAUAGCCAAAUCCACUAAUUUGAAGGGGUGUCCACAUACCUUUGUAUAUAUAGUAUAUAUGUGACCAACAGAUGCAUAUCUGUAUUCACCAUUAUGUGAAAUCCAUAGUUUAGGGCCUAAUUUAUUUAUUUCAAUUGACUGAUUUCCUUAUAUGAACUGUAACUCUAUAAAAUCUUAGAAAUUGUUGCAUGUUGUGUUUAUUUUUGUUGAGUAUAAAUAUGUGACCCAGUCACAAAGAUCCUGAAUAUGAAUGGAAACUGAAGAAAAUAAAUAAUGGAAAGAGGGCAAUCUCUUCCUCUCAUAAUUGCACAUUCUGGGAACAUUACCUGACUCCAAACCAAUCAGUUAACUUCAAUAAAGCAGCGGUACUGCCAUUUCCAAUUAAGCACAUUUCUGUAUUUACUGAGUCAGAGGUAUUCAAGUGUAAAUGUGGGUUACAAUGUGGAGCAGUGACCUAGCUAUGAUUCAGUUCAUCCAGACUGUCACCUGACUUUGACCUAUCGUUCUCUUUGUAGACACAACACUCCUUUUUGUUCCUGUCUCCUGUUAACAAACAACACGGAGUCCCCUGCUCACAUACGUCACACUUGAUCACGCAGUAUGGCACGAUAUAGCCUAUAUACCAUACCCCCAUCCUCUGCUACUAUAUAAAUAGCUUGCUCAGAAAGAGGCAUGAGUCAGUGAUUCUUAUUCCAGCUUCUCUAUAGAUCUCCUCUUCUCUGAGGUCUGAGAAGCCAGGGCUAAAGCCAGAGCUAAGGCCCUAACAGCCCAGUGACUAAAGCUAGAGCUAAUUCCCUAACAACGCAAGCCUACCAGAUGAGCGAAAUGCCUUUUAUGCUCGCUUCGAGGCAAGCAACACUGAAGCAUGCAUGAGAGCACCAGCUGUUCCGGACGACUGUGUGAUCACGCUCUCCGUAGCCGAUGUGAGCAAGACCUUUAAACAGUGUCAUGACUGUCCACGAGAAUCCAAAUAGUAGAUCAGGUUUGCAAUGAAUAAGUUCAAUCAGACCCACUCUCACCCGUAGAGGGGGUUAACAGCUCACAACCUGUUGUAAAUCAACAAAGAAGACCAGGCUCUCCCUUUGAAGAUCCCCCAAGGGAAUGUCUUUGUUUCAACAGACUUUUUCCCGCUUAAACUUUAACACGUUCAAAAGCGAAUACUGGAAUAAUAUUCCUAAUGUAGAACGUGGGGAAUGGUCAGAGGCGAUCUAUUGGACACUAAUGUCAUAUUGUUUGUUAUUUUGUGAUGUCAUAAUUUUUGUAUUAAAGGAAAUACUGUAACUUGGAAAGGAUACCCACUACAUGUACAAAGUGUCCAUCCUAUGCAUUGUGCAUAUAAUAUGAAAAAACGAUGAAAGUGUUUUUGUUAAGAGAGGGAUUUGAUUUGAAGUUAUAUGAGAAUUGUUUUUUUUUAACUUGGCACAAUGAGUAGUCACCGCCCAAAGUGAGGUCAGAAAGCAUGUCAGCCUGACGGAACCGCCCCCUUUCGAGCAGAGAUUGGUAAAGAAAUUAACAUACCAGACCAGAAAAGCAUGAGGUGGCAGCCACACGUUUAAAAUGGUUGGAACUUUGAAUCUCAACACGAAGUGGAGAGAGAUCUCACCUCCCGGACAAUCACUGGUACGGCUGAUUAGCUGUCUUAAGUAAAGUAUCUUCGAAAGCUAAUUUAAGUAGGCCCAUCCUAUUACUCUGCUCAAGCCAUCCUGUUACGCUACGUCCAUCAACCCACUGGGAAUCUUCAUGAGCGAAUGAAAGGAAAAUCAACUCUGUAGUUCUGUUCAGGACUACACAACAAGUCAUCGGAGACCGGACAACUACGAAGAAGAGAACAACAGAAGACUUGUUGGAACCUUUUUGGACAAUCAGAGCCUUACUAGCGUGCCGCGAGAAGGCCCAACUCCCUUUCCAGGGCGGACCUGGAAGAUACACUGGGUUUAUCCUGUGUUCCCAUUUAAUUAGCUAGUAAAUAAAUAAUGAAACCAAAUUGUGUAGUACUGAAUCAUAAGUAAGGCUCGGGUUUUUGCAGAUGCAAGGAAGUUACGACUGUCAGAAUGAUGAUAUGAUACGAGGUUAUGAUUAAUAAGUUGACUGUUUAUAGAUGUGAUAUGUAAAGACCUUUUAGAGUUUAAUUCAGGAGAUGGUAAUUCUUUAAAGAACCACUCUCGUGGUGCCCCAGAUACUAAUGAGUUAAUUGUUACAUGAUUAAUUUAAUUAGAGAUAAAGUCACGCCACGACAACAGGUAAACAUUCACAAGUCCGCGGGGCCAGACGGAUUACCAGGACGUGUACUCAGAGCAUGCGCGGACCAACUGGCAAGUGUCUUCACUGACAUUUUAAAUCUCUCCCUGAUCGAGUCUGUAACACCUACAUGUUUCAAGCAGACCACCAUAGUCCCUGUGCCCAAGAAAGCGAAGGUAACCUGCCUAAAUGACUACCGCCCCGUAGCACUCACGUCGGUAGCCAUUAAGUGCUUUGAAAGGCUGGUCAUGGCUCACAUCAACACCAUCAUGCCGGAAACCCUAGAACCACUCCAAUUCGCAUACCACCCCAACAGAUCCACAGAUGACGCAAUCUCAAUCGCACUCCAAUCCACACUGCCCUUUCCCACCUGAACAAAAGGAGCACUUACAGUGGGGAAAAAAAGUAUUUAGUCAGCCACCAAUUGUGCAAGUUCUCCCACUUAAAAAGAUGAGAGGCCUGUAAUUUUCAUCAUAGGUACACGUCAAAUAUGACAGACAAAUUGAGAAGAAAAAAAUCCAGAAAAUCACAUUGUAGGAUUUUUUAUGAAUUUAUUUGCAAAUUAUGGUGGAAAAUAAGUAUUUGGUCACCUACAAACAAGCAAGAUUUCUGGCUCUCACAGACCUGUAACUUCUUCUUUAAGAGGCUCCUCUGUCCUCCACUUGUUACCUGUAUUAAUGGCACCUGUUGAACUUGUUAUCAGUAUAAAAGACCCCUGUCCACAACCUCAAACAGUCACACUCCAAACUCCACUAUGGCCAAGACCAAAGAGCUGUCAAAGGACACCAGAAACAAAAUUGUAGACCUGCACCAGGCUGGGAAGACUGAAUCUGCAAUAGGUAAGCAGCUUGGUUUGAAGAAAUCAACUGUGGGAGCAAUUAUUAGGAAAUGGAAGACAUACAAGACCACUGAUAAUCUCCCUCGAUCUGGGGCUCCACGCAAGAUCUCACCCCGUGGGGUCAAAAUGAUCACAAGAACGGUGAGCAAAAAUCCCAGAACUACACGGGGGGACCUAGUGAAUGACCUGCAGAGAGCUGGGACCAAAGUAACAAAGCCUACCAUCAGUAACACACUACGCCGCCAGGGACUCAAAUCCUGCAGUGCAGACAUGUCCCCCUGCUUAAGCCAGUACAUGUCCAGGCCCGUCUGAAGUUUGCUAGAGUGCAUUUGGAUGAUCCAGAAGAGGAUUGGGAGAAUGUCAUAUGGUCAGAUGAAACCAAAAUAUAACUUUUUGGUAAAAACUCAACUCGUCGUGUUUGGAGGACAAAGAAUGCUGAGUUGCAUCCAAAGAACACCAUACCUACUGUGAAGCAUGGGGGUGGAAACAUCAUGCUUUGGGGCUGUUUUUUCUGCAAAGGGACCAGGACGACUGAUCCAUGUAAAGGAAAGAAUGAAUGGGGCCAUGUAUUGUGAGAUUUUGAGUGAAAACCUCCUUCCAUCAGCAAGGGCAUUGAAUAUGAAACGUAGCUGGGUCUUUCAGCAUGACAAUGAUCCCAAACACACCGCCCGGGCAACAAAGGAGUGGCUUCGUAAGAAGCAUUUCAAGGUCCUGGAGUGGCCUAGCCAGUCUCCAGAUCUCAACCCCAUAGAAAAUCUUUGGAGGGAGUUGAAAGUCCGUGUUGCCCAGCGACAGCCCCAAAACAUCACUGCUCUAGAGGAGAUCUGCAUGGAGGAAUGGGCCAAAAUACCAGCAACAGUGUGUGAAAACCUUGUGAAGACUUACAGAAAACGUUUGACCUGUGUCAUUGCCAACAAAAGGUAUAUAACAAAGUAUUGAGAAACUUUUGUUAUUGACCAAAUACUUAUUUUCCACCAUAAUUUGCAAAUAAAUUCAUAAAAAAUCCUACAAUGUGAUUUUCUGGAUUAUUUUUUCUCAUUUUGUCUGUCAUAGUUGACGUGUACCUAUGAUGAAAAUUACAGGCCUCUCUCAUCUUUUUAAGUGGGAGAACUUGCACAAUUGGUGGCUGACUAAAUACUUUUUUUCCCCACUGUAUGUGAGAAUGCUGUUUAUUGAUUACAGCUCAGCGUUCAACACCAUAGUGUCCACAAAGAUCAUCACUAAGCUAAGGACCCUGGGACUAAACACCUCCCUCUGCAACUGGAUCCUGGACUUCCUGACGGGCCGCCCCCAGGUGAUAAAGGGAAGUAACAACACAUCUGCCACGCUGAUCCUCAACACGGGGGCCCCUCAGGGGUGCGUGCUUAGUCCCUUCCUGUACUCCCUGUUCACCCACGACUGUGUGGCCAAGCACAACUCCAACACCAUCAUUAAGUUUGCUGACGACACAACAGUGGUAGGCCUGAUCACCAACAACAAUGAGACAGCCUAGAGGGAGGAGGUCAGAGACCUGGCAGUGUGGUGCCAGGACAACAACCUCUUCCUCAAUGUGAGCAAGACAAAGGAGAUGAUCGUGGACUACAGGAAAAGGAGAGCCGAACAGGCCCACGUUAACAUCGACAGGGCUGUAGUGGAGCGGGUCGAGAGUUUCAAUUUCCUUGGUGUCCACAUCACCAACAAACGAUCAUGGUCCAAACACACCAAAACAGUCGUGAAGAGGGCACGACAACACCUUUUCCCCCUCAGGAGACUGAAAAGAUUUGGCAUGGGUCCCCAGAUCCUCAAAAAGUUAUACAGCUGCACCAUCGAGAGCAUCCUGACCGGUUGCAUCACCGCCUUGUAUGACAACUGCUCGGCCUCUGACCGUAAGGCGCUUGAGAGGGUAGUGCAUACGUCCCAGUACAUCACUGGGGCCAAGCUUUCUGCCAUCCAGGACCUAUAUACUAGGUGGUGUCAGAGGAAGGCCCAACAUCUUUUCAAAGUCAGUCACCCAAGUCAUAGACUGCUCUCCAUGCUACCACACGGCAAGCGGUACCGGAGUGCCAAGUCUAGGUCAAAAAGACUGCUGAACAAUCAAAUGGCCACCCGGACUAUUUACAUUGACACCUUUGUUUUUACACUGCUGCUACUCGCUGUUUAUUAUCUAUGCAUAGUCACUUUACCCCUACCUACAUGUACAAAUUACCUCGACUAACCUGUAUCCCCGCACAUUGACUCGGUACCGGUACCCCCUGUAUAUAGCCUCAUUAUUAUUAUGUUAUUUUAUUGUGUUACUUUUUAUUUUAUUUUUUACUUUAGUUUAUUUAGUAAAUAUUUCCUUAACUCUAUUACUUGAACUGCAUUGUUGGUUAAGGGCUUGUAAGUAAGCAUUUCAUGGUAAGGUCUACAGCUGUUCUAUUUGGCACAUGUGACAAAUCAUUUGAUUUGAUUUGAACAGCCCAAGUGAUUAAAGCCAGAGCUAAGGCCAUAACAGCCCAGUGAUUUAAAGCAGCAUUACACAGGAGUCCCAUGGGCUUUAACUCUAUAGGCUACUUACUGCAGUCCAACAGGAUAUGUAAGAGUUAAUCAGCGAGGGGCUAUGUGUUCUGUGGAAAAUAAUGAACGACGCGGAGUUGCAUUCUUUUCCAGAGAACGCAUAGAGCCCCAAGUUGAUUAUCCCUUUUAUAACAUGGCUAUAAUUUAACACAUUUGCCGCUAGAAAUGUGUUCAUUUGUGAGUAGAAAUGUGUUCAACAUCCACUGAAGUAGCUAACAAGUUUACUAGAUAGCUACAGUAGUUGCCUUGUUAACCAAACAAACUGACUUGCUAGUUUAGCUAACCAAACCAUCACUCCUAGCUUGCUAUUAUCAAAAUCAAAUUCAACAAUGCCAAUAAUGUUUUCAGUUCGACUUUUGCUUUCAAAAGCAGCUCAAACAUAGAACAUGUAUGAAUUAACUCUAGCCAUUGAAUUUUACUGUGCGGAUAUACCGUGUGUUAUAGGGAAAUAAUGCACGCUCUAGAAUGCCCUUCAAGCCAAUCAGAUGAGUAUUCAACAAUACCAUGGCACUGUAUAAAGAGGACUAGUCUAAUUUACUUUACAACCUCCUUUGACUUCUCUUCUUAAUUGCUGCACAAUCGAUUGUAUCAGUUAUUCCUGUAAUUUACUGCUCUUCUUUAUGCUAGUGCAAGAUGUGGGUCACACUUAACAUGGCAUGAAUAACUUCAUGUAGAUUGUCGUCGUAGCGUGUACGUAUAGUGUGGUGUUGCAGUAGUGUUUGUUUUUCUCCUGCCUGACGGUUGUCCUCCCACCCGUGGCACAGGUGUACUGUGCCAUCUGCUGCAACAGGAGAUGGAAGCUCAAGUACCUGGACAAGGAGGCCCGGGUGUGUGUCAUCUGCUUCGAGACCGUACACAGAAGUAAGACCCAAGGUGUGUGUGUGUUUUUGUCUAUAAGUUCAUGCACAGGUGUAAUAAUGUUUGUAUUGUGUGUGUGCGUGCGUGUGUACAUCCAUUUUCUUCUAUGAGUGUUUUCUUCCAAGAUACCAAUCACAGACCACCAUCCGAUUCGUGCAAGUCAGCUGACUGCUCUGAAUGACUUUGUCAGGCUCCUGUUCUCAGAACAACAUGAACGAAGACUGAUGUCUGAAGAACACAGAGUAUUCACAGCCUGGUGUCUGUAGUGUAGUUAGUAGGCCUCAGCUCUGCUCUGCCCUGGGGGCUUAUGGGAGCUCUGUGAAAGGAACCCAGUUUAUGUUGACUCUCUGUGACUUUCAUUAGUCAUUAAACUGUUUCAACUUGGAGUCUUCAUUAAAGCAAAGUAAUAUGCAUUAAAAUAACAACUCUGAAGAACAAGCCAAACAGACGGGACAUGGUCUGUUAGAAGAGAGUUGCUGUCUAGGUUUUAUAAAGGUUAAAUAUAUCUAGAACAACACAUGACUGAUGAAUAGCCCUUUUUUAGUUGGAAGUUGUUGUGCUUGUUUGUGGCUUGGUCACGGUGUAGCAAACGUCACUAGCCGUGAAAUGCUUGCUUCCUCCGUCCUUGUUUCCUCAAUUUCUCUCAAAGCUCAUUGGAGGAGAGGACCCAAUGUCCCUCCCUUGGACCUCAUCUAAUUUGCUUUCGGUGAAGUUGAGGAAACAAGGACUUAACAGCCAGUGAAGUUUUCAGACACAGCCUAAGAAUGGCCAGGGAUCUUAGGUUAAGUUAGAUGUGCAGUGUAGUCUCGAGGAUAAAACGGCUAUCUUGCAUCAGAGAGCCUAGUGCCUAAAGUGCUUUCUAACACAGCCUGCGUGAAAGUGUUUCCUUUGUUUGAGUGUGCGUGGGACUGCGUAAAAACCUAAGACCAGGUUGUGUAAGAGUGUGUGUGUGUGUGCACCUGUCUCUCUGUGCGUCUGCUUUUCCCCAAGCUCCUGUCGUGUCCCGCCCUCCUGCACUCCUGAACAACAACGUCUCUAGCCUUCCCUGGUAUACUGAGCUGCUAUAGAAACAAAAGGGCUAGAACAUCCAUCCUCAUUGAAAAUGCUUUUUUUAUGUGCUCGCAGAUCACUACUAACCAGUGAUUUAUGUUGCUCUAUGCUGUUAUUGGUGAGUGGUGGUAAAUAAUGUGGAAUAGAAAAGCGUUUCUGUUCUAUGCAUUCCGUCUCUAUGGUUCUGCUUCCCCGGUCGGGUGAUGAAGGACUUUCUCAUCUCCAGAGACAGAGCUGAGGUUAGUCAGGACGAAAUGACUGGUGCAGAGAGAGUGGGGGAGAGGAGAGGGAGGUAGUUAUGGCUGAGAGGAGUCAGGACGUUGGUGUGUGUCCUUGACUGUGAGUGUGGGACAGGAGCCACCUGACGCAGUGAGAGUGUGACGCUCACAGACACACACACACACACACACACACACAGCACCUUGACUCCCUUUCUGGCACCUACACACAUACUCUGAGCAUCUCUGCGGUCCAGGGACAGGCUGGUGUGACUAUUCUAUUCUCGGCUCCUUGUCUGCUGUGUGAGUGUGGUAGAGAUAGCGUGUGUGUGUGUGUGUGAGAUAGAGAGAGAGAGGUCUACUUUGCUUGGGCCUGUGAGGGCUGGAGCAGAGUGAUGCGAUGUUCCAUUCUUCCCUCCCUCCCUCUCUCCAUCGCUCUCAUCAGUAUGGGGAGCAGCCUGUGAGGCUCUCAGUACACCCCCCUGCCUGCCUGGAGUCUGCGGCUAACGCAGCUAACAGCCAAGUGGGGCUAACAGAGCUAGCUUCAGCUAAUACAGACAAUUUACAUUCAGCUAACUGGGGCUAGCGUCAGUAAGGCUAAGUAGGUUAGCGUGACCAAGGGGACUGUCUUAGCUGGGAGUUUGGAGGAGUGAAGACGAGGAAAAGGUAAGAUGGGAACGGACUUUCAAUUUGUAAAAGAGAAGGAAAAGAUUGGUGCUGCAGCUCAUACUGGUUUAUCUGUUACCAUCUCAUUCUCUGUUUGUUGUUGUGGUGCGCAACGUGGAAAACCUGCUACGUGAUGUCACGCACACACACACACAGCAUGCAUGCUGCUUACAUACACACACGCAUAAACAUAAACACACACGCUGAAUGUAUUUCAGGCAUCUGUUUAUCUGUAUGGGCAUGUUGAGUCUGCUACCAGCUUAAUGAAGGACACUGACUGCUGGGCUUGUUAUGCCGUGUCAUUCUGUCUGUCUGAGAUCAAGGUGAAACUCUUCAACUCUCCUCUGUUUCUCUCUCUUUGUUGUGCUAUUGAUCUGUUGUUGUGAGUAGUGCUCUUUAUAGUGUGUGUGUGUGUUCCAGUGCGUGUGUGUGUGUUCCAGUUUAGUGACUUCGUGUUCCAGUGUUUGUGCGUCUGUGUGUGUACCUGUGUGUCCCUGUGUGCGUCUGUGUGUGUACCUGUGUGUCCCUGUGUGCGUUUGUGUGUACAGGUAGCCUGACAGACUGUGUUAGCUUGGGCCAGUCCAACCAGGUCGAUAAAGAUCAUAUGACGUUACAUCAAUAUAAUGCAGUCCAGAGCCCAGUCAGCACUUCUCUCUCCCCUCCCCCCCAUUAGGUCAUCGUUCGCUUUCCUUCAAUCAUUUUUUUUUAUCGCUCUCCAUAUCUCACCCUCUCUCUCUCCAUAUCUCACCCUCUCUCUCUCCAUAUCUCACCCUCUCUCUCUCCAUAUCUCACCCUCUCUCUCUCCAUAUCUCACCCUCUCUCUCUCCAUAUCUCACCCUCUCUCUCUCCAUAUCUCACCCUCUCUCUCUCCAUAUCUCACCCUCUCUCUCUCCAUAUCUCACCCUCUCUCUCUCUCCAUAUCUCACCCUCUCUCUCUCUCCAUAUCUCACCCUCUCUCUCUCUCCAUAUCUCACCCUCUCUCUCUCUCCAUAUCUCACCCUCUCUCUCUCUCCAUAUCUCACCCUCUCUCUCUCCAUAUCUCACCCUCUCUCUCUCCAUAUCUCACCCCCUCUCUCUCCAUAUCUCACCCCCUCUCUCUGUCUCCAUAUCGCACCCUCUCUCUCUCUCCAUAUUGCACCCUCUCUCUCUCCAUAUCUCACUCUCUCCAUUCUCUUGUUUUCUCCAUCAUUGCAAACUCACUCUUGCCUGAUUCACACAAUAGGACCGACCUGGACCUUACUGUGCUGGCUCUGACAUAGUCUUUUCCAGCAUGGUUCCAGCAACUGGAUGCGUAACCAGGCCAGCCCAGUACAACUUGGCUUGGUUCAGCUCUGUUUGGCUCAGUAGUGUAAAAAGGAUAGCUGUCUCAAUGUGAUGCUUGGCCUCCAUCUGUCCACAGUAGAUUGCUGUAUGGAUAUUGGAGUGUCUGGCCAGGAGAGGUGGUGGAACGGUUGUUUUUAUUACAGUUCACCAUUUACUUUUACAGAGGCCAUAUUCAAGAAUAGCUUCUAUGACAUGCCAAACAUUCCAUACAACAAUGUUUAUUAGCUAUAGCACAGAACAUGCAUCUCUGUGUAGUUACAAACAUGUCCAGAUCUCUGUACAUAUACAAAUUGUGUACUCGGUCUUGCCCCCUGACCUCUGUCUGUGUUCGUGUCCCAUGUUUGUAUGCUAACGCUCUUUCCUCUCUGUCUACCUCUACCUACCUGUCUCUACCUCUCUCUCGUCCCCUCUCUUCCCCCCUUCCCCCUCCCUCUCCCCUCUAGCCCAGGCGCUGGAGCGUAUGAUGAGUCCGACAGGUCCGAGCCCCAACCCCAACAUCCCGUCAGAGUACUGCAGCACCAUCCCCCCCCUGCAGCAGGCCCGGGCUGCAGGCACCCUCAACUCCCCCCCGCCCACUGUCAUGGUGCCUGUCUCCGUGCUCAAAAACCCUGGCAGCGACGGUACGUACGCACCCCUACAUGGGCCAUUGUAGUCGCUAGUUGUGUAACAGUGGUCCCAAAAGCGAUAAACAUCCUGUUGCUCUCCAUAGAAUAGCUUAUUCAGCCACAGUUUGGCUAUGAUGAAAGAUUUAAACAAAAACGUAUUCAUUUAUUUUGCUGAUUUUGGAUUUCUUGUAUUAUUUUCCCAUUUGUUUCGCAUUUAUAUUAAUUUUUGCGCUCUAAUCUAAACAACAGUUGAAAUGAAAGGGGAAGUGACAGAAGUCCCUGUCCCUGUGUGGUGCAUGUGUCAGGUUGUCCUCGUGAGCAGAAGCGUGUGUGGUUUGCAGAUGGCAUACUGCCCAAUGGAGAGGUGGCCGACACCACCAGGCUCUCUGUGACCAGCAGGAGGGGCUCCCAGGAGUCCAGCCCUGUCACACCUGACCCACCUACGGUAAGAGGCAUGACUUACACACACACACAAUCACACACACACACACUGAGAGACACACAUAUGCAGUUAGACCCCACACACAAACACACAUAAAGACCACAUACACAUGGACCCUAGACCAGGGGUGUCAAACUCAUUUUAGCUCAGGGGCCACAUGGAGGAAAAUCUAUUCCCAAGUGGGCCGGACCGGAAAAAUCAUGGUAUAUAUAACUUAAAAACAACAACUUCAGAUUGUUUUCUUUGUUUUAAUACGAUCAACAUACAACAUAAAGCUGGAGCCUGAGGACAGUGUGUCCAAAAUAGUACAAGCACAACAUCACUAUUAAUCAUAAAACACCUCAAGUUAUUUGAAAGUUCUGAGGACAAAGAACACACAAACACACAAUGCCUCAGUGAUUCACAGAAGUAUAUCACAGAUCACAGAACUAUAUCAGGGUGUCAUUUCUCAGGCAGAAAUGUAGAUAAAAAUAAUGAAAUCCUGUUCCCCAAACAAGUGCAAGAACCACAGAGUCAAGAAUAGGUUAAAUAUACAAAUAAAAUAAAAUCAAUUAAAAUCAAUAGCACAUCAACAUAAAAACAUAUAAACAUAAAUCUGAAAGCGUUGCUCAAACUCCCGUAACAGUCCCGUUAUUUUAUCUUUGAACCGCUUCAUGUCUGCCACAUGUUGGGUCGCGCACACAUUUUUCAGACAGGGGAAGUGAGCUGCAUCACCACCGGCAAGUUGCGUCUCCCACAAUGACAGCUUCAACUUGAAAGAACGUAUGCUGUCAUAAUACUGCGUGACAACUUUGUUGCGCCCUUGCAGCUGUUUGUUCAAGUUAUUCAGGUGCUCUGUAACAUCCACCAUAAAUGCAAGGUCCUGCAUCCAUUCUGCGGAAUGAAAUUCUAACACUGGUUUGCCCUUUUCUUCCAUGAACUGUUCAAUUUCUUCUCGUAAAUCAAAGAAACGCCUCAGCACAGCACCUCGGCUUAACCAUCUUACCUCAGUAUGGUAUGGCAGGCCAUAGAUGUGGUCUUUCUCUCUGAGAAGGCUGUCAAACUGACGGUGAUUCAGGCUUCUGGAUCGGAUGAAAUUAACAGUUUGGAUGACCACCUUCAUGACGUUAUCCAUCUUUAAUGACUUGCAACACAAAGCCUCCUGGUGCAAAAUACAGUGAAAAGUCAAAAAAUCACGUCCUCCAUUUGCAGAUUGCACUUUCUCUCUGAACUUUGUCACAACGCCUGCUUUUUUCCCGAUCAUUGAGGGCGCACCAUCUGUAGCCAGGCUGACAGCGCGGCUCCGACCCUGUCCAGCGCGCCGACGAGUGCGGUAAAAAUAUCAGCUGCUGUCGUUGUAUCUGUCAUCGGCACCAACUCCACAAACUCCUCGGUGACGGUCAAUGUGUCAUCAACUCCGCGGAUGAAAAUGGCCAGUUGUGCAACAUCUGUAAUGUCCGUGCUUUCAUCAAUUGCAACCGAAAACGCAAUAAAUGACUUUACUUUUUGCUUCAACUGGCUGUCCAAAUCCACUGAAAGAUCGGAAAUCCUGUCUGCAACUGUGUUUCUUGUCAGGCUGAUAUUUGCAAAAGCCUGCCGCUUUUCAGGGCACACAAUCUCCGCUGCCUUCAUCGUGCAUGUUUUUACAAAUUCACCCUCACUAAAUGGUUUUGAAGCCACUGCGAUUUCAUUAGCAAUGAGGUAGCUAGCUUUCACUGCAGCGUCACUGAUGUCUCGGCCGUGAGUAAACACAGACUGCUGUUUCUUCAGACCCGCCAACAGUUCAUUCACCUUCUCUCAUCUCCGCUGUCCUUGAAAGUUGUCAUAUUUGUCGGCAUGAAGACUCACAUAGUGGCGACGAAGGUUAUAUUCUUUCAACACUGCAACAUGCUCUGAACACACCAAACAUACAGCUUUCCCAUUCAAUUCCGUGAAUAAAUAGGAUGACCAUUUUUCUUGGAACACUCUGCACUCUGCGUCCACUUUUCUCUUUUUUGACAGAAACAUAUUGGGGCAAUGAGGGUGCCAAAGCACAUAAUGUUAAAAGUAGAAGCCGUAAUAAAUAUCGCGGGCAAAACAAAGUAGCUCAUUGGCUGCACGUGCUUGACCUACUUGCUCUGCCCCGGUAUAAACAGUUUGCUUGCUUAACACAAUUGCUAUUGCGCCAUCCAGUGGACGCAAUUGGAACAGCAGUUUAUUUAAUUGAAAAAUUGCAGCGCAUUUUUAUACUUUACAAAAUUAUUAUUAUUAUUAUUAUUUUAUUUUUUUUAAUCAUCUUGCGGGCCGGAUUAAACCCGUUUGCGGGCCUGAUCCGGCCCGUGGGCCGGACGUUUGACACCCCUGCCCUAGACACAUAAAUGUAUCUGUCUUUCUGUCAGUUAAUACGUCUAUUCAUCAAUCUCUUAUCCGUCUGUGUCCUCCAGGCUGGUAGCAGAGUGUCCCCUGGCUCUGCAGCGGUGUCGGAGGGUGGUGUGUCGGCCCCGGAGGCCCAAGCAGAGGUGGAGGUGGUGCGCCCCCCAGUGUCAGGACCUUGGGACUACAGCCUGCUGUGUGGGGUGGGGGGUUAUGUAGAGAGGAGCCCCAGUCUGCUGCCAGAGGAUGAGGAGGGCCUGCCACCUCUACUCAUCACCACCGGAGAGGAGGAGGGAGGAGGAGGAGAUCUAUUGGUGGAGGAGCGCCCCGCCCCCUGCCAGAUCCUGCUCCUAUUGGAGGAGGGAGGGCCGCGACCUUUGACCUUUGUCCUCAACGCCAACCUGCUGGUCAACGUCAAACUGGUCACCUGUGAGUAGAACACCCAUCUCUACCCUUCUAUUCUUCCUGGGGUACAUCUCAAUAAUGUAAACUGGCUUUCUCUCCUUGUCUUGUUUCCUUCAUCUGCACUGAACUUUAAAGACGGGACAAGUGAAGUAAUGUAGCCUAGCCGAUGCCUACUGGGGGAUAGCUUUCACCUGUCCAAUUCUUGUAGAUCAGUUCUUAUUAAAAGAAAGGUGACAAGGAGAGAGUUGAGAUGCACCCCUAGGCUCAUUCUAAAAAUGAAUGUGUGUCUCUGUUAUUCCUAUCAGAUUGUGGUCGUAGGUGUUUUGCAGGCAAUGUGUGUGUCUGUGUGUCCUCACUGUGUGUAUGUCUACUGUGCUGUAGACUGCAGUAGGAAGUGCUGGUGUUUGGGCUCCAGUGGUCUACAGACUGUGGGACAGAGGGAGAUAGUGUUCAUCCUGGAGUGUCUGCCUGUGGAGAGGGCUCUGCCCAAAGACCUGUUCACACUCUACCUCUCCAUCUACCAGGAUGCACAGAGAGGUAGGACCACACACACUGCCACGCCUCUCCAUCUACCAGACAGAGCCACACACACCCUGACCAGUAUGUCUCUCACCCUCCUCUCCUCCAGGGAAGUAUGUGGAGGAGCUGGGCAACGUGGCGUUUACAGGUAGUUUCCUGGGCAGUAAGGAGCACGGAGGUGUGCUGUUCUACUCCCCUACCUUCCAGCCCCUGGAGGGUCUCUGUCUGCCCCCACAGCCCUUCCUCUGUGGUCUGCUCAUCCAGAGGUUGGAGGUACCCUGGGCCAAGGUGUUCCCCCUCAGACUGCUGCUACGGCUGGGAGCAGAACACAGCGGUGAGCCCCCAACAGUUACUAGCCCAGUCUAGAUUCAGUGGUAAUAAAUACACUGAGUGUACAAAACAUUAAGGACAUCUGCUCUUUCCAUGACAUAGACUGACCAGGUGAAUCCAGGUGAAAGCUAUGAUUGAUGUCACUUGGUAAAUCCACUUCAGUCAGUGUAGAGGAAGGGAAGGAGACAGGUUAAAGAAGGAUUUUUAAGCCUUGAGUUAAUUGAGACAUGGAUUGUGUAUGUGUGACUUUCAGAGGGUGAAUGGACAAGACAAAAGAUUGAUGUGCCUUUGAACGGGGUAUGGUUGUAGGUGCCAGGCACACGGGUUUGUGUCAAGGACUGCAACGCUGCUGGGUUUUUCACGGUCAACAGUUUCCUGUGUGUAUCAAGAAUGGUCCACCACCCAAAGGACAACUAGCCAACUUGACACAACUGUGGGAAGCAUUUGAGUCAACAUGGGCCAGCAUCCCUGUGGAAAGCUUUCAACACCUUGUAGAGUCCAUGCCCAGACAAGUUGAAUCUGUUCUGAGGGCAAAAGGGGGAGGGGGUUCAAUUAAAUAUUAGGAAGGUGUCCUUAAUUUAUUUUUACCCUCAUUGUACACUAUAUAUACAAAGGUAUGUGGACACCCCUUCAAAUUAGUGGAUUUGGCUAUUUCAGCCACACCUGUUGCUGACAGGUGUCUAACAUCGAGCACACAACCAGGCAAUCUCCAUAGACAAACAUUGGCAGUAGAAUGGCCUUACUGAAGAGCUCAGUGUCUUUGAACAUGGCACCGUCAUAGGAUGCCACCUUUCCAGCAAGUCAGUUCGUCAAAUUUCUGCCCUGCUAGAGCUUCCCUAGUCAACUGUAAGUGCUGUUAUUGUCAAGUGGAAACAUCUAGUAGCAACAACGACUCAGCCGCGAAGUGGUAGGCCACACAAGCUCACAGAAUGGGACCGCCGAGUGCUGAAGCCCGUAGCGUGUAGAAAUCGUCUGUCCUUGGUUGCAACACUCACUACUGAGUUCCAAACUGCCUCUGGAAGAAUCGUCAGCACAAGAACUGUUCGUCGGGAGCUUCAUGAAAUGGGUUUCCAUGGCCGAGCAGCCGCACACAAGCCUAAGAUCACCAUGCGCCAAGUGUCGGCUGUAGUGGUGUAAAGCUCUCCGCCAUUGGACUCUGAAGCAGUGGAAAUGCGUUCUCUGGAGUGAUGAAUAAUGCUUCACCAUCUGGCAGUCCGACGGACGAAUCUGGGUUUAGCAGAUGCCAGAAGAACGCUACCUGUCCGAAUGCAUAGUGCCAACACUAAAGUUUGGUGGGGGAGGAAUAAUGUUCUGGGGCUGUUUUUCAUGGUUCGGGCUAGGCUCCUUAGUUCCAGUGAAGGGAAAUCUUAAUGCUACAGCAUACAAUUACAUUCUAGACGAUUCUGUGCUUUCAACUUUGUGGCAACAGUUUGGGGAAGGCCCUUUCCUGUUUCAGCAUGACAAUGCCCCUGUGCACAAAGCGAGGUCCAUACAGAAAUGGUUUGUCGAGAUCGGUGUGGAAGAACUUGACUGGCCUGCACAGAGCCCUGAUGUCAACAACAUCGAACACCUUUGGGAUGAAUUGCCCAACAUCAGUGCCCGAUCUCACUAAUGCUCUUGUGGCUGAAUGGAAGCAAGUCCCCACAGCAAUGUUCCAACAUCUAGUGGAAAGCCUUCCCAGAAGAGCGGAGGCUGUUAUAGCAGAAAAGGGGGACCAUCUCCAUAUUAAUGCCCAUGAUUUUGGAAUGCAAAGUUCGACAAGCAGGUGUCCACAUACUUUUGGUCAUGUAGUGUUCAUGGUAAUUCAUUUUAGAAGGCUAUUCACUUUGACUUUUCAAAGUAAUUUUUUUAUUUGUAUAUAGCUAUUUCAAACUUUUGAACUUGACCAAGUCCUAGAUAUCUGCUGUAGACUGUACUGUCCUACCAAGCAAAAAGGCAGUAACUGCUCAUAGCGUGGAACAGAGAAAAAUGGCUUUUAUUUACCUUGGUUUCACAGUAACCUUAUGCAGUUACUGCAAAACACAAUACAAUAGAGGCAGGAUACUUGUCCACAUGAUUAAGCAUGUAUUUAAUGUAGCAAAAAUGACAUUAACUCAUUUUUGACCAAAUGAGCAGUUACUGUCUUUUUGCUUGGUAGGGCAGUAUAGGCUAUUGAGAUCACCUUUACUUUCACUUUACACACGUGACCAUAACUUACUGUAAUGACAUGGUGAAAUAAUAAUAAUAACUGUUUAGAUGGAUGUGGAGCCUGAAUCUAAUGACCUUUGUGUUUUUUUGCAGUGUAUCCCAGCACGCUGGUCAGCGUCCGCUUCAGAGAAACUGUGUUCAGAGAGACAGGACACACCAUCAUGAACCUGUUGGCUGUAAGUACUGAAAAUACACACACACAGUUAUAAAUAAUAGCUGGAGUUUUUUAUUGUAAAUCUCAAGUAUUUCAGAGUAUUUAUUUAUGCAAUUUGAUCAAUCUAAAACUUUGAUAAAAAGCAUUGGCAUCAAACCGAAGCUAUGUAGUAAACGUAGGUCUCCAGCCCUGAUUUAAAGCAGAGUUAAGACAUAUGUCCCUGAUUUAAAGCAGAGUUAAGACAUAUGUCCCUGAUUUAAAGCAGAGUUAAGACAUAUGUCCCUGAUUUAAAGCAGAGUUAAGACAUAUCUCCCUGAUUUAAAGCAGAGUUAAGACAUAUCUCCCUGAUUUAAAGUUAAGACAUAUCUCCCUGAUUUAAAGCAGAGUUAAGACAUAUCUCCCUGAUUUAAAGCAGAGUUAAGACAUAUGUCCCUGAUUUAAAGCAGAGUUAAGACAUAUCUCCCUGAUUUAAAGCAGAGUCAAGACAUAUCUCCCUGAUUUAAAGUUAAGACAUAUCUCCCUGAUUUAAAGCAGAGUUAAGACAUAUGUCCCUGAUUUAAAGCAGAGUUAAGACAUAUCUCCCUGAUUUAAAGCAGAGUUAAGACAUAUCUCCCUGAUUUAAAGUUAAGACAUAUCUCCCUGAUUUAAAGCAGAGUUAAGACAUAUCUCCCUGAUUUAAAGCAGAGUUAAGACAUAUGUCCCUGAUUUAAAGCAGAGUUAAGACAUAUCUCCCUGAUUUAAAGCAGAGUCAAGACAUAUCUCCCUGAUUUAAAGUUAAGACAUAUCUCCCUGAUUUAAAGCAGAGUUAAGACAUAUCUCCCUGAUUUAAAGCAGAGUUAAGACAUAUCUCCCUGAUUUAAAGCAGAGUUAAGACAUAUGUCCCUGAUUUAAAGCAGAGUUAAGACAUAUGUCCCUGAUUUAAAGCAGAGUUAAGACAUAUCUCCCUGAUUUAAAGCAGAGUUAAGACAUAUCUCCCUGAUUUAAAGCAGAGUUAAGACAUAUCUCCCUGAUUUAAAGCAGAGUUAAGACAUAUGUCCCUGAUUUAAAGCAGAGUUAAGACAUAUCUCCCUGAUUUAAAGCAGAGUUAAGACAUAUCUCCCUGAUUUAAAGUUAAGACAUAUCUCCCUGAUUUAAAGCAGAGUUAAGACAUAUGUCCCUGAUUUAAAGCAGAGUUAAGACAUAUCUCCCUGAUUUAAAGUUAAGACAUAUCUCCCUGAUUUAAAGCAGAGUUAAGACAUAUCUCCCUGAUUUAAAGUUAAGACAUAUCUCCCUGAUUUAAAGCAGAGUUAAGACAUAUCUCCCUGAUUUAAAGCAGAGUUAAGACAUAUCUCCCUGAUUUAAAGUUAAGACAUAUCUCCCUGAUUUAAAGCAGAGUUAAGACAUAUCUCCCUGAUUUAAAGCAGAGUUAAGACAUAUCUCCCUGAUUUAAAGCAGAGUUAAGACAUAUGUCCCUGAUUUAAAGCAGAGUUAAGACAUAUCUCCCUGAUUUAAAGUUAAGACAUAUCUCCCUGAUUUAAAGCAGAGUUAAGACAUAUCUCCCUGAUUUAAAGCAGAGUUAAGACAUAUCUCCCUGAUUUAAAGCAGAGUUAAGACAUAUGUCCCUGAUUUAAAGCAGAGUUAAGACAUAUGUCCCUGAUUUAAAGCAGAGUUAAGACAUAUGUCCCUGAUUUAAAGCAGAGUUAAGACAUAUCUCCCUGAUUUAAAGUUAAGACAUAUCUCCCUGAUUUAAAGCAGAGUUAAGACAUAUCUCCCUGAUUUAAAGCAGAGUUAAGACAUAUCUCCCUGAUUUAAAAUAGAGUUAAGACAUAUCUCCCUGAUCCUCUGUGAUGAUCACUGAGCCGUAUGCCGUGCAGUGUGUUCUCCCACAGGAGGCCAGCCUCAGAGACGGGACAGAAAUGACACACAGAGAUAAAUCAGGUGUCCUAUGGGAGAACACACCGCAGUAGUUAGGUUCCCUGCCAGCUGUUCUCUGCUGAGAGUAGCCUGUAGUGGUCUGGGGUGGUCCAGCAGUUACGUUUGCUGCAUUCAGAACACAUGAACACAUUAACUAAUCUCUCUCUCUCUCUCUCUCUCUCUCUCUCUCUCUCUCUCUCUCUCUCUCUCUCUCUCUCUCUCUCUCGCUCUCUCGCUCUCGCUGUCUCUCUCUCGGUCUGUCUAAUAAAUACUCAUCUCAUCUUCUCUGUGAGAAGCGCAGUGGUCUAAGGCACUGCAUCGCAGUGCUAACUGUGCCACUAGAGAUCCUGGUUCGAAUCCAGGCUCUGUCGCAGCCGGCCGCGACCGGGAGACUCAUGGGCGGCGCACAAUUGGCCCAGCGUCGUCCAGGGUAGGGGAGGGAAUGGCCGGCAGGGAUGUAGCUCAGUUGAUAGAGCAUGGUGUUUGCAACGCCAGGGUUGUGGGUUUGAUUCCCACGGGGGGCCAGUAUAAAUAUAUAUAUGUAUUCACUAACUGUAAGUCGCUCUGGAUAAGAGCGUCUGCUAAAUGACUAAAAAAAAUAAAAAAAAAAAAAAAAAAAAAAAAAAAAAAAGAGUGUAGGCCACAUACUAUUAAUGUCCCCAAAACAAACCUGUGACGUGUGUGUUGUGAUCAUCCACAGGACCUGAGGAACUACCAGUACAGUCUACCUGCUGUGGAGGGUCUGAGGAUCCACAUGGAGAUGGGCCACAGCUACAUCGACAUUCCCAAGAGCAGCUUCACUGAGGUAAGACCGACGUGUGUGUGUGUGUCAGGGUUCCCAAUAACUGGUAAUUGCCGGCUUUUGGCCCCCCAAAAAUAAUGGAAAGCUGAUUUUAAAAAUUAAAAUUCUCCAGACAAUUGCCGCUUGUGUAUUUCCGUUAGUCGUCAUGUAUCUUAUUUAUCACAUUUGCACAGCAUACAGAGAAAGCUUGAGCGAAUAUCACUGUCAAACAGCGCAAUAGUUGCCCCUGAACAGCUCUUUGCUGCUGGAGUGGAACGUGCUUUUACAUCUGAGAGAGCCACUUCUCUCAGAUAUCUCAAUCCUAAUUAGCCAAUGCCCGUCACGUGAUCGGGUCCUUCUCAAAGGCCUCGCAGCUCCCAAGAUCAAGUGAAGAUAGACAGGUCAGAGAUGCAAUGGCGCGCGUCAUUGUUAUCGAAUUCCGAGGGGCACAUUGAAGAUGUUAGAAGAACUGUCCACAUUUAAUUUCCUCAGCUAACAAGAUGAGUAACGAACAGCAAAAUCACUAGCCUAUGUCAAUCUACUAUCCCCCAUAGUAGAAAAGUUUACCUAUUCUAUUGGUCAGUUUGUCGUUCUGUGUGAGAAUAAAUAUUCCGAACAGACUCUGGAACAGUUGUGGGAUGAUAGAUCCAAGCACUGAACAUUAUUUUUUCUUGUAAAAAACAAUGAGACUGAUGCAACAGAUCAGAAUGUUUAGUUUAAAAUGUAGAUAAACUAUUAUUUCUUCAGAUUAUAAGCGCAGCAAUGCGCACACGACAGAAGGUUAUACACGCGAAUGUUCCAAAAUGCAAUUAGCGGGAAAACACAGUUCUCAAAAGCACACUGCAAAUGCAACAUUUUCAUGGGACAGAGAUGAAAAUAUUCUUUAAAAAGAGGGAAGAUGCAUGAACUAGCAUGGGUUGCUAAUAUGACUAGGAUUGUGUCUUUGGAUGCUGGAGAAAGUCGAUUUUGAAAACUAAUAGAACAUGAGAGAAAUACUGUUUUCAAUGGCAUAUUAGGAAGUGUUUAUAAAAUAAUUCCCUCAACAUUCCUAUGGUCGGAAUUUGGCUAGGCUACUUUGAAACAAAAAAACUCCAGGUUUUGAACAAUUAAGUUUAUGUAUAAAUAGUUUCAAAAUGCUGACUGCCUCCACUCAGAUUGCCAGGUGGGUGAUGUUGCGGUGCACAACAGGCACUGGCCUUUCUCUCGGGUCUGAACCAACAGUGCCUCGAGUAUGUAAGAAUCAAGCCUUUAGACGUUUAUUAAUGAUCCUACAUGAUAUUUGUGCAAGAUGACUGGCGUUUAGCCUAUAUGUAAUUCUCAUUCAAGUUUGGCCACAUUUCCUGGCGCCUCCCUCAUGUCCGCAUCGGUGUGGACAUGAGGCUGUAGCCAAUAGGCAUAGUCUACGUGUAGGCCAAUUAUUUAUGUACAUUUUACAUACACAUGUUUUUCUUAAUAGAAUAGAUAACGGUUUUCGGUUUUCAAAUCCAUUUAAUUGGCUAUUUUGGUUAAUGGCCUUGGUGCCCUGGCAGAUGGCCUUGGUACCCUGGCAGAUUGGGCACCUCUUGAAUGCCAAAUGGCCUUGCCUUGAUUUAUAUUUGAUGACUUUGACAGUGUUGGUGCAGCGCUGCGUCUCUCCAACAGCACACUGGACAAGCAAAAUAUUUUUCAUCCCUGACUGUCUUUGGAAAAGUGGGCAAUGCUUAUCAGGGGGCAACAUAUGUUGUUGGAGGUGCGUCUUGGUCAGUUUAGCUCAGAAAAUACCACCCUCGUCAAUCUGCCGCCCUAGUGGUCUUCCUGCCUAAUAGGUGGGCCGGACCUGUCUGUCAUUCUGAGCACCGUUAAGCACCCAAUGCAAAUGUGUCCAGUAAUUUUAUCUUGCGUCCGGUAAUUGUAAAUCUUGCCUGUCAUUUGUCCGCCGACAAAUUUUCUAAACCCUGGGGUGUGUGUGUGCAAGUGUUUUUGUGUGUGCAUUACUGUCUAACUAUAUGUGUGUGUUUUCUAGAUGCUGAAGGUUGUGAAUGCGUCUAACGAGCAUGUGAUCAGUGUGGGUGCCGGGUUCAGCUCAGAGGCUGACUCCCACCUGGUCUGUUUCCAGAACGACGAGGGCAACUACCAGACCCAGGCCAACAGCCAGCCUGGCAAGACACGCACAGGUCAGUAACAACCUAUAUUGCCCACUAGAGGUCAGAAGAAACUGGUUUUGUUUCAGAAAAUGUAGCAAAACGUUUUGCAACAGAAAACGAUAAAGAACAUUUCUUAUUGGACAACUACAGGUAGCCCACCCCUGUUUCAGUCAGUUUUUUUCUCCAUUUGGUGGAUAAUGAAUACGACCCAGAUAUGAAGCAGGUGUUUCCUGUGGUGUUGUGGUCUUGACUAGUUAAAACAUUAAGUAGUCCUUGCUUGUCUUUCUGUUUGUUAAAACAUAUUAUUUGUAAUUAAAUGAAAGAAUAUACUUGAUUUUUUCCCUUGUGUCCUGUCCUUUUCUUUUAUCAGUACCAAACCAGACUCCAACCUAAAUCGGUAAAUCUGCUGGGAUUUUAUCUAUGAUAUUCUGUUAUUCUAACCAGUGUAUCAUUGUGUUAUUCUAUAGUGACGGGGGCCAGCUUUGUGGUGUUCAACGGCGCUCUGAAGGCCUCGUCAGGCUUCAUCGCAAAGUCGAGUAUCGUGGAGGACGGCCUGAUGGUGCAGAUCCCCCCAGAGACCAUGGAGGCCCUGCGUGCCGCCCUGAGGGGGCAGACUGACUUCCACAUCCCCUGUGGCAAGGCUGACGGAGGGGAGCUCCAGGACAAUGUCACCGUCCGCUGGAUUGACUGGAGCGCCCCCGUCAACGCUGGGUAAGGGUUAUUAUACACACACACUGGUGAUCUUCUCCCUGGUGCAUAAUUGAUCAAUCCAUUACUGUGUGUGUGUCCCUGUAGUGUGACCAGUGGUGUGGACAGGAAACCUCUGGAAGGGGUCCACAGUGUGCGGAUGCAGCAGGACACAGAGUUUGAGUCAGACGGACGCACCAUCAGGUGUACUGAGGUAGGACACACACAGGUCAUACUUACAGACAUGGUGUUCUGUUCACCUUCUGCGUCACAACUCUCUGAAACACACACUUGUAAACAAACACAUUGUCACUCAAACCUGUCUGUCUGUACCUGUCUUACGCCAUCUUUCUGUCUUUCUGACUCUACCUGUCUGUCUGUCUCUUCCUCCAGGUGUUCUACUGGCUGAAGACUCCAGACGUGUCCCUAUCUGUGGUGCUGCCGUCCUGCAGUGUGUUCCAGAAGGAGAUGGCUGUGGCCAGCUGUAGUGCUCUGACCCCUCACCUCUCGGUCCUCUCAGCCAGCGGCAUCAACUCCCUCGCCCUCAGAGUCUCCACACACACUGACAUGGUUACUAAUGCACUAACACACUGUAAUGUUAUGAAAAGGUGUCACUUGGUGACAAAUGUAUCUGUGAACAGCGCUAUGAAAACAUUUGAUUGAUUUGUUUACUAUUAUAGCAACGACACCCACUGGAGUCAAAUGAAACUGUAAGGAUAUUAAGGAUUUUAACUGAAGUUAAUGGUUUGUGUGUGUGUGUGUGUCUGUGUGUGGUGUGUCAGGUGGAGUACCAGGCUGGUUCGGGAGGCAGGCUCCUACCCCAGCGCUAUAUGAACGAGCUAGACAGCGCUCUGAUCCCCGUCAUCCACGGAGGCUCAGCCAGAGUACCACAGACAGCCAUGGACAUGGAGUUCAUCUUUUACAUCACACACACUGUCUAACACACACACACACCUGUACGCACACACAGUUAGUCUCGCACAUGGAAACACAGUACGUGCAAGCACACACACACACACAGCCUGGAUGUCUUUGCACAGAGAAAGAGGCUGGAGCUCUGAGGACCUUGGACAAACUGACAGGACGUGAGGACACAAACUGCCAAUAAGACACGGCUUGUGAUGAGGACACAAACAGCCAAUCAGGCGUGGCUAACAACUGAACUAAAGACACAGGCCGUCAAUGGCAGGACAUUCCCACAGAGUCUCUCUCUGAAGGCCUUGGAAGGACAGAGGUGU